AUGACAUCGAUGCCUCUACAGCAGUCCUACGCAAUCUCUUCACCGCAAUAUCGGGCAUCCUACGGCGGUCAAGUCAGCCAGCGCGUCGAAAUAGUCCUACACCGCAGACGCCAAUUUGUUCAGCAGCAGCAACGAGAGAGGCGCACCAAGGCCUGUUUAGCUGCAGCUGCCGCAACGGCCAAUGGCUGGGAUAGGACGCCGCAUACUGUACGCCGACGGAGACGAUCCACCGCAAAGCAAGCAAGUCCCUGGCCGCAGGUCUGCCGCUGGGAAGCCCGCACGAGUUCGCAAAAGGAGGGCUGCGCUGGGACGAGCCAGAGCAAGAAACGUUGGGAGGGAUGGGAUGGCGAGAGAGGAAGAGACGCAGAACGAAGAAAGACAUCGCCGGCUUGUCAAGGCGAUAAGAGGAGCACAGAACCAGCUUAUUGGGGUUCAUGCGGUGCAAAGCAGCAGAGACCGCUGCUGUCUCUCGUUUUCCGCACUGCGCCCCUCAACUCUUCGUAUCGCCCGCCCAGCAGAGACCGGGGGCCGUCAUUUACAACAACUACAGGAUACUGUACAUGCCAGUACGCACAUCCAGCAAGUGGGCGAGGUUUGUCUUCUGGCCCUAACAUGCACCGGGUGGAGAGCCGUCGCUCAACUGCACUGUAUGGCCAUGCCAUUCUCCCAUCGACGCCUUUGGCGCUAUGCCUCGACGAGCCUCCAAGCAGGCCCUCGCCGUCUGGCCGUAUAUCGAGGUACCGCACAUGGCAGGGACCCAAUGGCCUAGCCAGCCUAGAUCGCGAUCCAGUCCGUCUGCGGAAUACUGCGACUUCCGCUGUCAGACACGGCGAGCGAGACGGGCUGCUGAGCUCCAUCAAACAUCAUGUCGAACCGCCGUCGACGCAGAUGCAAGAGCCGCUAUUCCAGCAGCGUCGCAGCCAGAUCGGCUCCGCCUCCAGCCCUUGCAACGAACGGGGAGCUGCUCGCGACUCCGGGCGGCGAGACGGCCACCUCAUCAGGCUUGCCAUUCGCACGUUGACUGGCGACGUGGUUGAUGGCCUCUUGGGGCCUCUUUGGCCUCUGGAGCCUCAUGCUGGCUGUCUCGCCGCCGCCGCCGCCGCACAGCGAGUUGUUUCGCCUUUGGUUGCCUGUCUGCUUGCUGCUUGGCUUGCGCCCCCAGCUGAGGCGUUAUAUUCCGGAGUACAUGCUGGUACUUCAUGCAUGCAUUUCUUCGGCUUGGACACUAAGGCAGCGCGGUCCGAGGGACAGGCUCCCUCUCGCCUGCCUCUCGUCUCUCGUCUCUCGUCCGAGUACCAGCAACCUCUGGCGUGGCCUUGA